GGGUGCAUUUAACGUACAUACGGCCAUUUUGGACUUUGUCGUCAGAUAACCCUGACGCACCGAUCUUCCGCCGACCGCUGUCAAACGCUCAGGUCAGCCUUUGCACCAGUACCUAUAUACUUUUCCCGAAGAUAAAUCGCUGCUAGACCAUCCCGGUGGUCGCAUUCUCACGUUUUACAUGUUCAUUUGCACGAUACUAACAGCGUUUCAAAUACUCAUCAGACUAGUCAUGGGUGACCCGAACGCAGAACGUACUUUCAUCAUGAUCAAGCCUGACGGCGUGCAGCGUGGACUCGUUGGCAAGAUCAUCAAGCGAUUCGAGACCAAGGGAUUCAAGUUGGUGGCCAUGAAGUUCCUCUGGCCAUCAGAAGAACUAUUGAAGAAUCAUUAUGCUGAUCUGGCUGGCAAAUCAUUUUUCCCAGGUCUUAUAAAAUACAUGGCAUCUGGACCAGUUGUCGCUAUGGUAUGGGAAGGAUUAGAUGCUGUAAAAACUGGACGUUUUAUUCUUGGGGCGACCGACCCAAAAAAUUCAAACCCAGGUACAAUUAGAGGAGACUUAUGCAUCCAAGUUGGCCGUAAUAUUAUUCAUGGAUCUGAUGCAGUAGAGUCUGCCAACAAAGAAAUUGCCUUGUGGUUCACUGAAAAAGAAGUGGUCCCAUGGACAAAAACUGUUGACACAUGGAUAUAUGAAUAAGCAAUAAACAUGGUAUUAUUAUUUAA